AUGAAAAAAACAUUAGUGACUGAAUCGACUGGAUUAGAACCAAUGACAUUUCCAUAUAAUCAAUAUCUGGUAUUUGGUUAUGAUUUACCGAUGCAAAAAGACCAUGUACGUCGAUUCACCCAUAUCCAUACAUUAAUCGUGGAAAAUAAUCUUGACUUAUCAUUUGAAUACAUUAUCAGUCAUCUUGAUUUAUCACGAAUUACUAGUUUCGUACAAGGCAAUCCAGAAAAAGAACAAUCAAAUCACGAAUUCGUGCGCCUUCUUCACCGUCUUCCACAUUUACGUUCUCUUUGUUUAAAUAUCUCAACUGUUAACUUGUUUUUUGAUCGACAUUGGCCAAAAAUCAUUGAUCUUAACAUGAAGAGCCAUAUGUUGGAUACAUCUAAAUAUUUAUCAUCGAUUGAAAUCGACGCAUUUUGGCGCUCGUUCACUCAUCUGGAACGAUUAGCUUUUGAUCGUGAAAGUAUUCAAGAUUUAUUAGGAUUACUCAACAAGGUGACAACAACUUUAUCAAAUAUAUGGAUUCGUCAUUUUCAAAUUAUCUGUAAUUAUGAUCCUGAACCGAUUGCACGUCAAUGGCUCGAACAAAAUACAAAAUUGACCAACUUUGAAUAUUUUUACGAGACUUGGUCUUAUGUUUAUCUAUGGCUCUAA